AUGGCAGCCACUACGAAGAAUACGGCAGAGAUCGAGAAAGCAAAGAAGCUUGACCAUGUACCCUGGUGUGAGGAGUACGAGAAGAUGAUCUCGGGCAUGCUCUACGACUCCCUAAACCCCGACCUCUGCGCCGCCCGCUUCCGCGCCCGCGCCUUUGCCCACCACUACAACACCUGGUUCCCGGACCCAACGACCACCACCCCCUCAACCGGCUUCGAGGUGCUAGCAUCCGAGCGCUUCAAACUCCUGAAAACCAUCAUCGGCCGCGUAGCCGACGACGAAAUCUUCAUCGAACCACCUUUCAACAUCGACUACGGCUGUAAUAUUUCCAUCGGCACGCGCUUCUACGCAAACUUCAAUCUCACUAUUCUCGACUGCAGUCUCGUGACGAUUGGGAAUCGGUGCAUGUUUGGCCCGAAUGUGAGUAUCUUUGCGGCGACGCAUGAAUCUGAGGUGCAGAGUCGGCGCGAUAAUGUCGAGUAUGGACGCCCCGUGGUGAUUGGGGAUGAUUGCUGGAUUGGUGGGAAUGUGGUGAUUUUGCCGGGCGUGACGAUUGGGAGGGGGUGUACAAUUGGCGCGAUGAGCGUUGUGAGUAGGGAUAUUCCGGAUUUCAGCGUGGCGAUGGGGCAGCCAGCGAAGGUGGUCAAGAAGGUAAAGGAGAUUCCGCGGGAGGAGGGGGAUGCAGUUGAGAAGUAG